UUUGUGCUCAGUUUUCUUUUUUCCUAGAUGCCUGUGACCGUGGGCCCAUAUGGGCAGUCUCAACCCAGCUGCUUUGACAGAGUAAAAAUGGGCUUCAUGAUGGGCUUUGCUGUUGGUAUGGCAGCAGGUGCACUAUUUGGCACAUUUUCUUGCCUCAGGAUUGGCAUGAGAGGGCGAGAACUGAUGGGUGGCGUUGGCAAAACAAUGAUGCAGAGUGGUGGCACUUUCGGGACAUUUAUGGCCAUUGGCAUGGGAAUCCGCUGUUGACAUGUUAAUUUUUUUUUUAUUCUGAAGACCCAAAGUCCCUGCUGAUUGAGUUCCUGCAAUGUAAUAUAAUAAAAGUCUUUGCACCAGGACUGAGUAAUCAGUCAAAAUGUA